CGCUGAUCUUCAUUCAUUAAUUCGCCAGCCUAUCCAACUCGGAACUUAGUUCAGCCCAAUCCCUACAUAUUAUAAAGCGGCCAAACUAUGUCAGUUGAUGCAGAUCAGGAAACUCCCCUGUCUGGUACUGCAAGCCAAACUCCCUCCUUUGCUCUCAACGCGACAUCGGAUACAGAUGAGUCUCACGCCGUCGACCCCUCAAGCCUGACUACUUACGAGAAGAGACUUUACGACUUCUUAUGCUCUCAAGCAUGGACUGAUACACAGUGUUCUUGUUUCAUCGCUCAUAUCGAGCGGAUGAAAGAAGCCCUCUCGCAGCAUUUCUACUCGCAAGGUUGGAACACCGUUCAAGUGCAAUGUCUCCACGAGCAAUGUGAGAUGGAAUUUCCAGAGCAUUUCCCAGCUCCUAGAGGUGAUGCCGAGCAACAAGGUCUGCAGAUGCAGCUGAGAUUCGUCGAAGAAAUGAAUCGUCGAAGGGCGAUUGGCGAGCGCAUGUACCCUUCAAUAGGCACUAUGGACGGGGAGAUUGAUGAGAGAAGGACUUGAGUAGAAUCCGCUUAGAGCUUUGUGAUCUCCAGAAAUGCAGAGUAGUUGAGGCGCGAUAUGCCAAUUCAUCAAUAUGCAAGGCUUACCACAAAGCUUGAUGCUUAGAAUCACCUUCCGCAUCAGAUCAG